GACUAAGAUAUAUAACUGUCAUAAUAAGGAAAAUUAAACAGGAAUUAUUCCAACAAAAAGAUCUCUUGGAUAUUAAGCUUCGAAAGUAUCCUUGAGAGUAACUGAUUCUAAACGGCACAUUUUUUAAGAUUCUGUUGGUUUAAUUGUUCGCCUACAGGCAGAAAAGGGAACUUUUAAAAUUUCGUUCUUCAACUGUUCUUUGGAUUUUCUAUUGCGUUUCAAAUGGAUACUCCUGAAGACAAUUCCGUGCCCCCAUGGACGCAGUUUUUUGACGGGCCACUGUACAAAAAAUAUGUGGACUACAUGAAAAACCAUGAUCUUUCAAAGAUGGAUAAAAACGGAAUAUUAAGCAACAAAAACACUCCCAUCGCAGAUCCACCAGUCCUGAACAACGAAACCAACUGGAUCCCAAGUUACAGCAAACACGAAAACGGAAAUCCAUAUCAUGCCUACGGUGAUCCUUAUUAUUAUGACACAGAAAAAGUGCCACCGACACUUGACCCUCCACCCUAUGGAGAUGUGCCUCAUGGCGGCCAUUCGACAACAUCAGAAACGAACGCCCUUACUGAGGCACAAAAGGCAAAACGAAAUAGACAUACGAUUGGUUUUAUCUUUUUUGGAAUUCUCCUAAUUGGAGCUGCAGCAGCAGCCACGGCAUUGAUUAUUCACUACGUUUUUAUAACAGAGCAUGAAAGGAUUACAGAUCAUAAACUGAACCUUAUAAACAACACCACCAGAGCAGAUCUUAUUGAAGAAAACAUCGAUAGUAUUUCUAUUGAUGAUUUGGGGAAAAUUGGAACUAAGUUGACAACAGUGUCACCAACUAAAAACGGAACCGGAAGUAAUGUGAAAAUAGAUGUCUCAGACCCGGAGACUUUUUCUGUACCUGGUUCAACCAAAACUCCGAUUCAAACAGACGAAGGAACUACAGAAUCAUUGCCUAUUACUACAGUAUCAGCGGCACCAAAGGUAGUGGAGUUUCCGGAUUACACAUAUGAAAUUGGACUUCCUGGUAAACUGCGCUGUAGAGUAAACCGGGUCCGGAUGUGGGAUGCUAUUAAUAUUAACGGAACCAAAGACUUGGAAGGGCAAAAUACACCACUGUCCUUUAAGUUGCUGAGUAGCAACGAAACAUGUUUAGAGGGAAAUGACAGUCGUAUCACAACAGAAUUUGACAUCAAACGGACCAGAAGACCAUCAGCAAAAUAUGAUGAUAUACAAAUGGUCGUUCACCUCAGCGAAAUCAAAUGCGAAGAUAUGGGGAAUUAUGAAUGCUGGGUGGAUGGCCCAACUGUAUAUAAAGUAACAAACACGUUGACAGUUAAACGGUACCCAAAAAGCAGGCCUAUCCUAAAAAUCCCUUAUGCUAUCAUCGAAAACGAGCCGAUUUCCAUUAAAGGCUUCUGGAAUAGUGGAUUUCCUGAAAGCUAUGGCGAAUUAGAAUGGUAUAUACUUAAACCAGGAGAAGACGAACAUCCAUGGACUGAUGUCAAAAACACUGUCAACACCAAAAACUGUGAUAACGAGGCUGCGAGUAUAAUCAAUCUCCCAAUUACUUUACAAAUGAAUCAAACGAAAAUCAAACUACAACCUUACUUUUAUCCAGAGUUCAGUAAGGAGAAGCAAAGACGUAAGAUAGAGCACGUUACAGAGGAAAUUCUGGUAGUGCCUGCAAACUUUUGCGAUGGGAAGGAGAAGGAAAAGAACAUUAUUCAUCCCUAUACCUGCAAACUCUUCAUAAUAUGUACAGAUAGAAUAAACAUUUACGAGUGUCCAAAAGAAACAACGUGCUUCGAUGAGGCAAAGGGGGCUUGUGAGUGAGAAGAUACCGUACCAAAAGAGCAUUGGGAGCUACUUACAAAGGAUGAGCAGAUUAAGAUGACUUGUAAAAAUCUGCGUUUUGGGUUUAGUCUAAAACAACACACUCUGGAAUAUGCACUUCAAUAAAGUUGAGAUUUAACAAUAUAUAUGUAUUUAAACUUUGAGAAAGACUGCAUAUCAACAUACCCUAAAAUAUACAUUUCAGUAAGGGUGCGAUUUUACAAUAUGUAUGUUUAGGAAACAAAACCCAUGAGAGGUGUUGAAAUUGGGAAAUCCAGGAGCCAGAGGAAUUGGGUUAUUAGAAUUGUCGCAGAUUUAAAAGAACAGAAAAGAAACAUGUUAAUACAUGUAAUUUAAGUCUUGCUGCACUUUGUUCCAUGCUUUUAAGUUUUAAAGACAAUUUAAUGCCUUACAUGAAACAUGCAUUUUGAAGCCAUUCCUUAGAGUAAUAAUCUAAUCUAUGUUUAAUUAUUUUUCAUUUCAUGAUUAUUUC